GGACUGGUUGAUGAACCUCACCGGCUCCUCUGAACUGUACGACCAGGAUUACCCACUGAACGACACCUGGGAUCCGUGCUGGGAUGCCCUCGGCUGCUUCUUGGAGCCCUGCCCCCCAGCCGGGCAGGGUUGGACCCUCCAACGCCUCCUCCUGCCCCCCUUCUACCUCGCCGUCUUCCUGCUGGGCUCGGUCACCAACGGCCUGGUUCUGGCCGUGCUGCUGAGGAGGCGCAGCCGACGCCGGGCCACUGACGUCUUCCUGCUGCAUUUGGCUGCUGCCGACCUCCUCCUGGCACUGAGCAUGCCCUUCUGGGCAGCCGAGGAGUGGUGGGGCUGGGUGUUCGGGUGGCUGCCCUGCAAGCUGGUCGGCGCCCUGUACAACAUCAACUUCUACAGCAGCAUCUACGUGCUGGUAUGCAUUAGCUUCGAGAGGAGAUUGGCCGUGACCCAAGCUGUCCCGGGACGGCAUAGAGGCCGUCCCGCCGCCAUCUGGGCCGCCAGUCUGGCCGUCUGGCUCAUCUGUCUGCUCCUGGCCGUGCCGGACUUUGUCUACCUGCACCCAGUGUCAUCCGACGGGUCAUUGCAGUGCGUCCACUCGUAUGGGGCAGCGCAGAGCCAGGUGUGGCUGGUGACCCUGCGCUGCUUCUACCAUGCCACUGGGUUCCUCCUGCCUGUGGGGGCCAUGACCUACUGCUACCUGGGCAUUGGGCGCACCAUUCUGAGCUCUCAGGGAUCCCGGCGGCGCAGGGAAUGGCGGGCGGUGCGGCUGAUGCUGGCAGUGGUGGCCGCCUUCCUGCUGUGUUGGACGCCGCACCACGGGGCGCUCUUGGUGGAGACAGCACACCGGCUGGGCGCCCUGAGCCGGGACUGUGGCUUCGAGCGGCACCUCGACCGGGCCUACAUGGUGACCAGCUGCCUGGGCAACCUCCACUGCUGCCUCAACCCCUUCCUCUACGCCUUCGUGGGGCUGCGCUUCCGCGGGGAGCUGUGGGCCGCCCUCCGGGACUGGGGGCUGCUGAGGGGGGUUCGGGGGUGGAACAGGGUCGGGGCCCGGGGCUCACGGAACUCCACCGUGUCCGGUACCAAGCUGUUCAACUCGUCCGGGUCCUGGACCUGAGUCUUGGAGCCACCCCCCCCCGGCCCCCCAACCCUCAACCCCCCCCUCCACCCCACCCCCACCCUCAACCCCCCACCACCACACCUCCCCACCACCCAC